AUGCAGGCGUCGACCACCGCAGAGCCCCCUUCCCGCUUCAAGACCUUGCUAUUCCAACUUAGCCCACCGGACGCUUCAAGCGUCAAAGAACGCCUUGCUUGGGACGAGGCUCGCGCUGAUAACAAACUGAAAUGCGAGCUCGAAGAUCGAUCAGACCUUCCUGCCACAGCAGGUGAUCAGCAGACGGUUGUCAUAUCAUCUCAAGAGAGCGGUCCUAGCGAGGUCUCCGAUGCUGUGUAUACCUCAGAUACCGAGGAUGAAUCCUUGCCUACGGACCCGGAGGAUGGUUCAGAUUGUGGCGAUGUAGUCGUUGUGUCCCCUAGCGACACAUACUACAGCCCAUACGUCCGUGAAGGAAACAAGGACCUCUUCCCUAAGGAGAAACUACUCCCCAGGAACCCGGUCUCCAUUGAAAGGCCAGUGUAUUAG